CACUCGUAAUAAUUAACUGCCACAACAUUAAUACUUUAUUUGAAAUCCACGCAAUACACAUAUAAAAUAAUAUCUAACACAAAAAAUGUAUCUGUAUAAUACGUAUAGUAUAUAUUUAUUAAUUCUGUUUUUAGAUGGUUAUCAUUCAUCUCAAAAUCUACUGCGUGGUCCUUAUCAUCCACCGCCUAUUUAUCAAAUUUGCCAUAGUGUAAUAUGUUGCCAAGGCGCUCUUCUGCGUACAAUCCAAAUGUCAAAGGUGUUUGGAUCGUCUAAAACAUUUGUGGACAUGAAAACGAAAAGAAAAGCACUAGAAAUAUUUAACGAUUUUAUUGGACUAAAUAAAACAUUUAAUGGCAAUAUACCAUUGCCGGAACUACAGAAAUUUGUUAAAACUAAUUUCCAAAAUCAUACCAUAAGAAGAUGGUCACCUCCAGAUUUCAAAAAUCAUCCAAUGAUUAUUAACUAUGUACAAGAUUAUACAUAUAAAGAAUUUUUGUCGGGAAUAAACCAACUUUGGAAUAAAUUGGCAAAAAUAAUACCCACCAAAGUUAAAAAUGACGCACAACUUUACUCAAUGAUAUAUGUACCAAACGGAUUCUUUGUAAACGUGGAAUCUCAAAAUGAAUUUUAUUAUUGGGAUGCAUAUUGGAUAAUAAAAGGAGCAUUAAUAUGUGGAAUGGAAACUACCGUGAAAGGUAUUUUACAAAAUUUUCUUUCUAUUAUUCGAAAUUAUGGAUAUGUAUUAAUGGGAAACAGAAUAUACUAUGAAGGAAGAACACAACCUCCACUUCUUACUCAAAUGAUGGCUAUAUAUUAUACAUAUACUAAAGACGAAAAAUUCAUGACUGAUAACAUUGAGCUUUUAGAUGCGGAAAUGAUGUUCUGGUUAAGAUACAGAACUGUUAACGUAAGAAGUACUGGUAAUACUUAUGUCAUGACUCAUUAUAUGAGCGAUACAUUUGAUCCUCGUCCUGAAAUGUAUAGUGCUGAUGUAUACAUAGCAAAAAGUUUGCCCAUCAAAGAUCAAGAUGAAUAUUACUGUAGAGUAAAAGCUGCCUCCGAAUCUGGCUGGGGAUUUUCAAGCAAACAUUUCCACAAUCGAGAUCAUUAUAACGAUUUUAGAAGGGUAUUAUUGAAAAUAAAUCCAUUGAAUUUUGCAUACGUUGAACUGAAUUCUAUAAUGCAAUCAAACUCCAAUAUUCUAUCAAAUAUGUAUCUCAUAGUAAAUGAUGAGGUGAACUCGAAGUUUUAUAAGCAACUCGCUCAUCGUUAUCAAAUCGGAAUAAACGCAUUAUUAUGGAACGAGGAUGAAAAAAUAUGGUUAGAUUUUGACACAUCAACAGCAGAAAGUCGCAAUUAUUUUUAUGCUUCCAAUUUAGCGCCUCUGUGGACUGGAAGUUAUGACGAUAAACUAAGUGAAUUUUACGGUGAUUCAGCAGUGGAGUAUUUAAUAAGAAAUAAUAUUAUAAAUGAAGAUUUGACACCUCGUUAUUUAUGCGUACCAACGUCUUUGUACAACACUGGUCUAGACUGGGAUUAUAACAACUGUUGGCCACAAUUACAAUCAAUGAUAAUUUUUGGAUUACAUUCAACUAGAAGUGAAAAAGCAAAACAGGUAGCAUUAAAUUUAGCCAGUUCAUGGGUGCACACAAAUUUUGUGGGAUAUAAUAAAACUAGAACUCUGUUUGAAAAGUAUAGUGCAAUUACAUUGGGCAGUAAUGGCGAAAAAAAGGCUCUCAAAAAUUACCCAGCAGGAUAUGGAGUGACAAUUGGGGUAUUACUUGAGAUUUUUCAUGAAUGGGGAGAUAAACUGAAGAGUAAAUAAUAAAACAUAGAAUUAAACAAAAUAUAUACUUUUAUAAUGUAUUGAAAAGCAAUAUAGUUGUUUUAUUUUAAAAUUAUAUAAAUUGAACAUGCAUUA